AUGGCCUCCCAAUUCGCGGGAAAUGUGGCCAGUAAUGGUCCAGAUCCUUCCACAACCGAAGCAUUGGCUAAAAUCUUGAGCGAAUUGAAUGAAAUGAAAUUGAAAAAUGCUCAAUUGGAACACAAGCUGGACCAACUUCACGGUGCUACAACAAUGGCAUCUCCCUCUUUGCAUGCUCGUAAAGCUUCAUCAACCGGCUUGAGUCCUCUUACUCGUCCAUUUGAAACGAGUAAUGGGACUGGCUUAUCUGCUUUGCUUGGAACAAGUCCACCGGUUCAACCAUUAGGUCCACCUGCACAAUCAAUGAGACCUUCUGGCUCGAGCAAUCAAUCACCAAGUCUUCCUCAAGCUCAACCUUUACCGCAUACAAAUAACCCAACACCUCAUGAUACUCCCGACCUAGGAGCAAGACGCGGAUCAUCAGAUGUGCCGAGUUAUUAUAGCAGUCAUGUUAUCUUAUCAACUUACCCUGGUCAAGCUGGUAUUCGACCUGUUCCGCUCAAGUGGUAUGCUAAAGACCCGCUCGAACGUGGACCUGUGAUCGCUAGUCGUCAUCCAAAGAGUAUCAAGCUUAGAAAUGCAAUAGGAGCAUACGGAGGUACAUACUCAGUGUACAGAUCUCUGUCGAUUGCAGUUGGUAAAUUGAACCCAAACCAUCGACCUGAUUUCACGAAUACCGAGCCACCUUUUGACAUUCCGCCAAAUCCUUCAUGGUUCACGCCCGGAAAGAUUGUUGGUAUUGAUCCUUGGGGACAUUUAGCACCACAAAUAUUCAAAAAAGAUUUUGAAGAAGGUAAAGACAUUCGACCAACGAUUGCAAUGACACGUGCGCAUAUCAAGAUGCCGGAGAUUGAUGAUGCUUUCCGAUUAGGAAGAAUUCCAUUAGAUGGAAAGAUUGUCGUGAAAUCUGACAGAUUGCCUGGCGUACCGAUCGAUGCUGAUCCGGGAAUCGAAGUAAAUUGUUCAAAAGCGGCAAUUGAACCUUGUUGGUAUUUACCCGGUAUUGCGGAAAAACUUGGCGUUCAAGAAGGUACUUUGAGACGAUCAUUGUUUGAAGAAACAGGUGGAAUGUAUCCUGAAUUACUUACUCGACAUGAUUUGAAGGUGUUCCUCCCGCCCAUUCCCGGAGCAACUGUAUACAUCUUUGGCCCGCCACAAUUUAUGAGCGAUCCAAGCAAGGAAGUUACCGUCCGUGUUCACGAUCAAUGUGGUGGAAGUGACGUCUUUGGAAGUGACAUUUGCACUUGUAGACCAUAUCUACUUUACGGUAUCGAAGAAGCUGUCAAAACGGCACAAAGAGGAGGAGUUGGAAUUGUGAUUUAUUUUGCAAAAGAAGGAAGAGCGUUAGGAGAGGUGACAAAGUAUUUAGUAUAUAAUGCUCGUAAACGUGGUACGGAUUCUGCAGCAAUGUAUUUCCAAAGAACGCAAAACGUUGCAGGAGUUGAAGAUAUGCGUUUUCAAGUUAUUGGACCUCCAGACGUUUUGCAUUGGUUAGGCGUUACAAAGAUUGAUAAUAUGAUCUCAAUGUCAAAUCUAAAAUAUGACGCAAUCGUUGGAUCUGGAAUUCCAAUUCAUAAACGAUAUGAAAUUCCGGAAGAAUUAAUUCCUUCCGAUAGUCGGGUUGAGAUUGAUGCAAAAAUUCAAGCUGGAUACUUUAGUGAUUCCAAAAAGCUCACUGCUGAAGAUCUUAAAAAGACUGUCGGAAGAGGAUGGCAAGAUUGGGAAGACGUUCCACAUUGA